AAGUACCCUUAAGCAAGGUCGUGGUUUGGUCAUGUGAUCUGGCGCGUAACAUAAAAGGUGGAGGCUACUGUCUGUGGCUCUACUCCAUAGGCAACGAUGAAGGGGCUGCUCGUUUUGACUGCGCUGUUUGUGGCCGUUUUCGGCGAGGAGACUUUUGAGGGGGACCAGGUCCUUCGUAUCACUGCGAGGGAUGAGGUCCAGCUUACUCUUCUGAAGGAUCUGUCUGAGAUGGAAUAUCUCCAGUUGGAUGUGUGGAUGGAGACCACUGACCUCCCCACUUCUGUGGACAUCAGAGUUCCCUUCACCAGCCUGCAGACCGUCAAGGCCUUCCUGGAGACCGAGGACAUUGAGUACUUCAUCAUGAUCAAGGACCUGCAGGUUAUGCUGGAUGAGGAGAAGGAGCAGAUGCUGAGUUCUGCCCGCGCCACUGCCCCCAGAACCAGUGAUGACUACGACUACUCCAACUACCACACCAUAGCCGAGAUCUACGCUUUCCAGGACAUGCUGGUGGCUGAGAAUCCCAACCUGGUUAGCAAGAUUGUGAUUGGCCAGAGCUACCAGGGACGCCCCCUGAAUGUGCUCAAGUUUAGCACUGGUGGAACCAACAAACCUGGUAUCUGGCUUGACACUGGAAUCCACUCCAGGGAAUGGGUGACACAGGCUAGCGGCACCUGGUUCGCCAAGAAGAUUGUGACCGACUACGGACGUGACACCGCCCUCACCGCCGUCCUGGACAAGAUGGACAUCUUCCUGGAGAUUGUGACCAACCCUGACGGCUACUUCUACACCCACACUAGCAACCGUAUGUGGCGUAAGACCAGGAAGCCCAACCCUGGCUCUUCCUGCAUUGGAACUGACCCCAACAGAAACUGGGAUGCUGGUUUUGGAGGUCCCGGUGCCAGUGCCAGCCCCUGCUCUGAGACUUACCGUGGACCCAAGGCUCACUCUGAGUCUGAGGUCAAGUCCAUCGUGGACUUUGUCAAGUCUCAUGGCAACCUGCAGGCUUUCGUGUCCAUCCAUUCCUAUUCCCAGAUGCUCCUCUACCCCUAUGGUUACACCAGGACCUCCUGCAAGGACGAGAGCGAACUGCACAACCUGGCCAGGAAGGCUAUCACUGAUCUGGCUUCCCUGUACGGAACCUCCUACAGAUACGGCAGCAUAAUCAACACCAUCUAUCAGGCUAGUGGUGGUACCAUUGAUUGGACCUACAACCAGGGCGUCAAGUACUCCUACACCUUUGAGCUGAGAGACACCGGUCGCUAUGGUUUCAUCCUGCCAGCUAAUCAGAUCCUUCCUACUGCCAAGGAGACUUGGCUGGCUCUGAUGGCCAUCAUGGAGCAUACCAAGGACAACACCAACUAGAUGGGUCACCACGACAACCUACAGGACACUGUGUCAUUGUACUGUUGUACAUAUAUAGGAAAAGCCUAGAUGUACCAUUAAGUCUACCAUGGUUCUUUCCAGGCCAGAAAGAGAUCAAUAAAUGUCAACUGUUAUACCUGA